AUGAACUGAAACUUUUCAGAAAAUUUUAAAAGUUGAACUGUUGAAGUCAAUGGGGAUUGGGGAUUGAAAAAAUUCUUCAGAAAAUUCGAAAGUACCAAAGUGGCUUGUGUUGUGGUGUUUCAAAUUCGGAAUAUUUUUGAAGUAUCAGAUUGGAAAAUGAUUUGAAAUUGUUUGAUGUUUCGCAUUACUGUUUUGCUCUUCGCUCUUCAUCUAUUUGAGCGUAUGAUUUCAUUUUCAAUCAAAUUUGUUUAUCAACUUGAUAUGUUGUGUUGUUUUUCGCGUGUUUACGUAUUUUCAUCUGAUUUUGCUGUUGUGUGAAUUUUAAGUCAUGUUUUAAGCAAUGAAUUUUUAAACCACCAUGAAACAAAAGAUGCCACCAUUCAGACGAAAGAAAACCAAAACAUUCCCGGUUAAAGUAUGUACGCUAGAUGCAGAAUUAGAGUUCAAUCUUGAAAACAAAGCCAGUGGACGUGAAUUAUUUGAUUUAGUAUGCCGCACUAUUGGCCUCAGAGAAACGUGGUAUUUCGGUUUGCAAUUUCUAGACAACAAAGGUUUCAUAUCUUGGUUAAAAUUUGAUAAAAAAGUUUUGGAUCAGAAUAUAGCACAAGAAUCGCCCGCUACUUUCAUGUUCCUGGUGAAAUUUUACCCGGAGGAUGUCGCCGAAGAGUUGGUACAAGAAGUAACUCAACAUUUAUUCUUCCUCCAGGUUAAACAAUCUAUUUUGACCUGUGACAGUUAUUGUCCCCCAGAAGCGUCUGUGUUACUCGCUUCUUAUGCUGUUCAAGCCAAAUAUGGAGAUUACGAUGAAGCAAUGUAUAAACCAGGUAAUGGGAUGUUGCCCAUUGAAGAAUUAUUACCGCAGAGAGUCAUCGACCAAUAUCAAAUGACACCACAAAUGUGGCAAGAUAGGAUCAAAAUUUGGUACGCUGAUCAUCGAGGAAUGUCUCAAGAUGAGGCUGAAAUGGAAUAUUUGAAAAUAGCUCAAGAUCUAGAUAUGUACGGUGUGAAUUAUUUCCCCAUCAGUAAUAAAAAAGAAACCGAUUUAUGGCUGGGAGUUACCGCUUUAGGAUUAAAUAUCUACGAAAAAAAUAAUAAACUGCAACCAAAAACCACAUUUCCAUGGUCUGAAAUUCGGCAUAUCAGUUUUGACGAUAAGAAAUUCAUAAUAAAACCCAUUCAAAAAUCCGCUCCUAAUUUUGUAUUUUUUUCGCAAAAAGUCAGGAUGAAUAAACUUAUAUUAGAUUUGUGCAUCGGUAAUCAUGAUUUAUUUAUGAAACGUAGAAAACCGGACUCUAUGGAAGUGCAACAAAUGAAAGCUCAAGCCAAAGAAGAGAAAGCAAGGCGAUCUCGAGAACGUAAUAAACUAGCUCGAGAAAAACAAUUAAGAGAAGCAGCUGAAAGGGAAAAAGCAGCUAUGGAACAAAGGUUAAUUCAAUAUCAAGAAGAAAUACGACUAGCGAACGAAGCAUUAAGAAGAUCAGAAGAAACUGCUGAUUUAUUAGCAGAAAAAUCUCGUGUAGCUGAAGAAGAAGCGCUAUUAUUAGGCCAGAAAGCCUCCGAAGCUGAACACGAAAUCACCAGAAUCCGCUUAACUGCGUUGAAGACCGAAGAAGAGAAAGUUCAACUUGAACGUAAAACUCGCGAAGCUGAACAGUUAACUGCUAGACUAGUGGAUGAGUCCGAACGUAGAGCGGCUGAAGCUAAUAGGCUCAAAGAAGAAUUAUUAAAGGCCAGAUUAGCCGAAAAACAAGCUAAAGAGAAGUUACUCGAGUUCCUAUCUCAUAAUUACAUCAACACUAAUGCUCAAAAUCUGUACGCAAGUCCUAGUCCUAUUUUAACUGUUCAAUCGGAUCUUCAUACGUUACGUUUAGACUCAGAAAAUACUGCAUUGUCAGUUUCCGAUCUAACAUCGUACGAUCUUAUUGCGGAAAAUGACAUGCAGCAACUUUCCCUCGAAAUUGAAAAAGAAAGAGUGGACUAUUUGGAAAAAAGUAAACAUCUUCAAGACCAGUUGAGAGACCUUAGGUCAGAAAUUGAAGUGUUAAAAGUUGGCGAGAAGCAAUCAGAAUUCGAUAUUAUUCACGACGAACAAGUUAGAAUGGGCGAAAAUAAAUAUUCAACGCUUAAAAGGGUAAAAUCGGGCUCAACCAAAUCACGUGUUGCAUUUUUUGAAGAAUUAUAGCCUGAUUAGUUUUUAGGUAAACUGAAAAAAUUUGAAAUGAGCUCAUACUUAAUGUUGGUUAAGCAGCUUACAAAACUUGAUUGUAGCAUGAUUGAUAAUUUUGUUACUCUUAUACAAAGUGCCUUAAUAUUCGUAUUUUUUUGAAAGAAUCAAAUUAGGACACUUACACGUACCAAGGUAUACUUAUAUGUUGCGUCUCGUUUUAUUAAGUUUUUUUUUUUCUAUUUCAUUUGUAAUUAUUUAUUGUGAUGAACGUAAGUACUGGAUUAAUCAAAACUCAUAAUAGUGAGGUGUUUUUUAACUUUUCGAAAAUUAUGUUACUCUGAUUCAAACAUCAUCAUUUUUAUUUCUUUUAUUGCCUACUUAAAUGUAUUACGGAUGUGAAUUUUUAAGAUUGGUGUUUAUUCAACUUUCAACGUUUUGAUCUUUAUCAAUUUUUUUAAUAACUAGGUACCUUUAUUCAUUUUCUAGUGUUAUAUCGAGGAAUAAUAUGUAUUAUAUAUAUUUAUUGCGAGUUGAAAAGGGAGAUUUCAAAUCAUAUUACGGAAAAACUCAUUUUACCAUUAUUAUAAUUAGAUUUUUAUGACUUAGGUAUGAUGUUUUCUUUUUCAUGAUUAUAAACGACGACCUUUUAUAUGUGAUGAGACAUUUAGUUGUAAAUGCAUCAGCACUAUUUUAUGAUACUGAUUUUUUGAAACUUGAUUUCAUUAUCGAAAUUUAGUUAUUCACGAAGAGACACGAAAACAUUUUUAAUUUACCGAUAAACGUUACCGCUUGUUGUUGCUUUUAAUUUUUGUUUCAUCAGUUUUAUAAUGGUUUAAAGUCUCGAAUAGAGUAGAGUAGGUAUUACGUUAACUAGCAUUCGUGGUUUUGAUUAUGUAUGAUUUAGCAGUUAUGCUGUUGUUUAAAAGGUUUGAAAACUUAUUUUUAGUUGAACAGUCGAAAGCAUUCCGUUACACUUAAUUUUAUGUACAUUAUGAUGAACGCUUGAGGAAUUCGUUCAAAUUGAAAACAGUUACAUCGUUAAAUAAACAUAACUACUUAACGGUUUAUUUUAAUUAUAUGUAUGUUCUAUUUAUCGUUUUCUAAAUUUCCCGAUAAGAUAUUAAAUUACUAUUAGAAGCAUUCUUACAUUCGUAUUGGAUAAUUUUGAUACUUAAAAAUCCAUCAGUGAAUGAUUCUUGCCGAAAUUUUCAUUGUUUACUGGAAAAUGGAAGUAUUGAAAUGGGAGUUUUUCGUAUCGAGCACACUUGAUUUUUAAUUUUUAGAAACUUGACUCAUAGUAGUUUAUUCUAAUGCGCUGGCUAAAUUAAUCUCGAAUGCGUAGAACAUAUUAUGCUUAAAGCAGAAUUUUGUGCGCGAUUAUUAAUAAUUUAUUUUACAGUUCAUUACUUUACGCAUCGCUGGUUUUGAUUACAUAUAUACAUGUAUAUGAUUGUUGGAUUGUAAGUUUUUCAAAUAAAAUUGUUCAUUUUUUAAUAUCGUAGGAAUCCCUGAUUAGAAAAAUAAAACAAUUUUUCCUAA